AUGUGGAACAUUUCUCAGGGAUGCACAACUGGUAUGCCUGCUCCCAUGCUCGCCCCACCUUCUGCAACGUCUGCAGGGACAGUCUCUCUGGGGUCACCUCUCAUGGCCUCUCCUGUGAAGGUGCACACAGCCUGCAUGGAUCUGUACCCACGCAAGUGUCCACUGGGCCAGUGCAAAGUGUCCAUCAUGCCACCAACCGCCCUCAACAGCAUCGACUCAGAUGGCUUCUGGAAAGCUACCUGUCCCCCCUCCUGCGCUAGUCCUCUUCUGGUGUUUGUCAACUCCAAGAGUGGUGAUAACCAGGGAGUGAAGUUCCUCCGACGUUUCAAACAGUUACUCAACCCUGCUCAGGUCUUUGAUCUGGUCAAUGGCGGUCCCCAUUUAGGUCUACGUUUAUUCCAGAAAUUUGAUAACUUCCGGAUCCUCGUUUGCGGUGGGGAUGGCAGUGUUGGUUGGGUGUUGUCUGAGAUCGACAAACUUAAUCUUCACAAACAGUGCCAGCUGGGCGUCCUGCCCUUGGGCACCGGGAACGACCUGGCGCGGGUACUCGGCUGGGGGCCUUCGUGCGAUGAUGAUACACAGCUCCCGCAAAUUCUGGAGAAACUGGAGCGAGCAAGCACCAAGAUGCUAGACAGGUGGAGUAUUAUGACGUAUGAGAUUAAGAUACCUCCCAAACCCAGCUGCCCUGCCACACCUGAGGAGCCAGAGGACUGCCAGAUAUCAGCCUAUGAGGAUUCAGUCGCUGCUCAUCUCACAAAGAUCCUCAAUUCUGAUCAGCAUUCAGUGGUCAUAUCUUCAGCAAAGAUCCUGUGUGAAACAGUAAAGGACUUUGUUGCCAAAGUGGGAAAAUCCUAUGAGAAAAGCACUGAGAACACAGAGGAGGCAGAGACCAUGGCCCUAAAAUGUGCCAUUCUGAACGAGAAGCUGGACUCACUCCUGCAAACGCUCAACACCGAGGCACAAGCCAUGAGCCCUCCUGCUCUCACCACCCCCCCAAUCGUCGAGGAGGAGAUCGAGGACGAGGAACUGGAGGAGGAGGAGGACCUGAGCGAGGAGUCCCUGACGGAGCUGAAGGAGAAACUGGAAGAGAAUGUGACAGAGAAGGGUUCACCUCAUAAGCUCUUCAGACCCCGUGAGCAGCUCAUGCUACGUGCUAACAGCCUAAAGAAAGCCAUAAGACAGAUCAUCGAGCAGGCAGAGAAAGUGGUGGAUGAACAGAAUGCCCAUACAGAAGAGCAGGAUCUGCAGUCCCCCACCGAAUUCAGAAAAGAUGAGGAAGAAAACAAAGAGAGCGAAAAAGACGAAGACACCAAGGAACUGGAGGUUCUGCCCUUGGCCAAGUCUCCGUGUUCACCUCCAGAGAGGCGUGUGAGUCGCAGCACGCAGUCCUGUGGGUCUUUCUCCAUCCCUCCCUUUACCACCAGCAAGGAGAACUUGCCUGUCCUCAACACACGCAUCAUAUGUCCUGGUUUGCGAGCAGGCCUUGCUGCCUCCAUAGCGGGAAGUUCAAUCAUCAGUAAAAUGCUUCUGGCCAACAUUGACCCAUUUGGUGCCACACCUUUCAUUGACCCUGACCUAGAUUCCUUAGAGGGGUAUUUGGAGAAGUGUGUGAUGAAUAACUACUUCGGGAUUGGCUUGGAUGCAAAGAUUUCACUGGAAUUCAACAACAAGCGGGAGGAGCAUCCAGAGAAGUGCAGGAGUCGUACUAAGAACAUGAUGUGGUAUGGAGUUCUGGGUACCAAGGAGCUUCUACAGCGAACCUACAAGAACCUUGAGCAGAAGGUUCAGUUGGAAUGUGAUGGACAGUACAUCCCACUUCCCAGUCUCCAGGGAAUUGCUGUGCUGAACAUCCCCAGCUAUGCUGGAGGAACCAACUUUUGGGGCGGGACCAAGGAGGAUGACAUAUUUUGUGCACCAUCCUUUGAUGAUAAAAUUUUAGAAGUUGUAGCUGUGUUUGGGAGUAUGCAAAUGGCAGUGUCAAGAGUGAUCAAACUCCAGCAUCACCGCAUUGCCCAAUGUCGUUCAGUGAAAAUCACGAUCCUAGGGGAUGAAGGAGUUCCUAUUCAAGUAGACGGAGAGGCUUGGAUUCAGCCUCCUGGAGUCAUCAAGAUCCAGCACAAAAAUAGGGCUCAGAUGCUGACCAGAGACAGGGCUUUUGAGAACACACUGAAGUCAUGGGAGGAUAAACUGAAGUAUGACAAGCCUCCACUGAGACCACAUCUAUACCCACAGCAGUCUGUCGACCUGGCAACCGAAGAGGAGGCCACACUCAUACAGAUGUGUGCCCGUGCUGCAGAGGAGCUUAUCACUAGGAUCUGUGAAGCUGCCAAGACCAAUGGGCUUUUAGAGCAAGAGCUUGCCCAUGCUGUCAACGCUGCCUCUCACGCCAUCAACAAAACACACCCCAAAUUCCCUGAGAGCCUGACCAGGAACACAGCCAUUGAGGUGGCCAGUACUGUGAAGGCACUUCACAAUGAGACUGAGUCACUGCUUGUAGGACGAGUGUCUCUGCAACUGGACCCUCCUCAUGAGGAACUGCUCUCUGCUGGCCUGCAGAGUGUGGAGCUGGAGUUGGGUAAGCUGGUUGAGAUCCCCUGGCUCUACCACAUUCUGCAGCCAAAUGACGAGGAGGAUCAUUCUUUGGAGUACGGCAAGAGGAACAGCCGCAGCGGCAUGUUCCGCAUCGUGCCGAAAUUCAAGAAGGAGAAAGUCCAGAAAAAGUCUAGCCCACAGUCAGGAUCUGGGGAUCUCGAAAGUGGGUCAUAUGAAGAGAAUUCUCCAGGGAACUAAGGAGCUGGCCAAGAGCACCCUGAUGGACCUGUGAGGUGUUUGACAUGGGUGUACACCGUGUCCUCCUGACUGUUGUCACGGAGAUUUUUUUUCCGAUGCUCCGUUGUCUGAAUGAGCU